CGGCGACCAGCCCUGUAGUUGUUCCUCUUCAAUAAUGCUUGGCGGAUAGUACCAAUACAGAGCUUGAGCUAGUGACUUCCACCCGACACUAUAGUGAAAUCGACUAAAAAUGGUAAGCCCUGGUGAAGGACCUGCGUCCCCUUUUAACGGCCUCUUCGAAAACGUAGCCGGGGGUCCCCGCGUUGAGCCCGAGACAGCAGAUGACGACGCUGUUUCCUCCGUGUAUACCUGGAAUUCCGACGACGAGCCGCCCAGCGAACGGAAGGGCGAAAAGUUUCCAUGUUCGUACGACAAGCUGGUCACUCGUACGGUCUUGCAGGAGGCCGGCCGCUUGCAGAGCCAGGAGCGACCGGGGGGCAAAGACCGCGUCCUGCUGGACUAUAACCACGACCUGGAAUGGUUCUCGCUGGGCGAAAACCAGCUUCCGUGCGGUAUCGAGUGCGCGGUGCGGAAGAUGCGGCGCGGGGAGGUUUGUCUGGUCGAGUACCCGCGGGCGGGAGGCUACUCAGAGCUCCAGUCCCCACAGUUCUUCGAUGACCACCGGAAAAAAUUCCGACCGGGCUACAUUGGUCCGGCCAAAACCUGCGAGAGUACUAUCACGACCAGCGAACAUGACCAAGGAGCUUCUCGCGGAGUAGUCUCUGCGCACGAAGUAGCACCCGGGCAAGACCCAGGAGCGAUGGAUGUUGAACAAGUAGGGGACGAGGACUACGUUCGCAGCGAGGUAUCGCUCGUGGACUUCUUUCACGUGGAAACAUUCCACACCCAGGUCGUGCUUGAUCCACAGCCGCGUUCUGAAGAUAACAUUCAUGCAGCUGCGGACGAGGAAAACAACUUAUUUUCACGGGAGCCCGAAGCGGUGGAAGCGCAAGAAAUAGAGAUUCGCAAAGAAGUCACGCAAAAAGGCCAGAAAUUGGCGAAGAAACCGCGUGAAGGCGACGCGGUUUGGUUUGAAGCCUUCACAAACGAGAACGACGAGAAGAACGAAGACACAAUAAAGGGAGCAAGAACUACUCCGCUUUUCGAGUUUCCUGAAGUUAAUAUACCUCCUGCAAGCGGCGUGGAUCCAGCUGCAGGUAGCAGCUGUACAUCUAGUGCGAGGUAUUGCCCUCGUGUGCAAGAUCCCCGCCUGUUGCUCGCGCUCGCCAAUCUACGGGCUACUCUAACGAAGUUUCUCGAGCCGCCAACAGCACCAGCAGCUGCCCUUGAUUCCUUCGAAAAAAAAGGGAAUGCAUCGUCGCUACUUUGCGCCGAAGCCGUUUUCGCAGCGCUCAAGUCCAUGCGACCUGGGGAGACGGCGAAAAUUCAGGUCACUCCCCUAGCCAGGAACAAGCAGGUACCAAUAAAUGGCAGAAGCAUGAUUCGAGCCAGUGCCAGAGGAGGAGGGCCCAACGACAACGAACACCACAUUAUUUGCGUCUUCUACUUGCACCUGAAAAAGUUUCGACGAUAUGAGGUUUUACCACUGUUUCCGCAGAUACUAAAAGCAACUCCGUGCUGUCACAGUGACUUUUUGGAUUCGUUGAAAGUGGACAUUUUGAAGACCGAGCUACGGUCUACCCCGACCCAAUUUCAAUCGUCCGUUGCCGAAGAGGGAGGACUCGUUCUCAUUGCCAUUGCGCCAGUCACGCCAUCCGGCGCCAACCCCAGAGGGCGCGUCCUCAGACUGCGGCUCGGGAACGGGGUGCUACCAGAGUGGCUUGAACAAACCGCAGUCCCGAGUAUGGCGCUCUUCGAAGACUGUUUAUUCCAGAAUUGUGUCAAAAAAGACACCCGCGCUUCUUUGGCCUCCACCGCGAUGCCGAAUUGCUCACUUACACGUGCAGCUGCUAGUAACGGCGAUCACAAUCCUAAUCCGAUGCACUCCAUUCCGCAGACGUCGAAAAUAUUAGCUCAAGAAAAUUCCACCAGCGAGGCAUGUGCAGCUGUCGGCAUCGCACCGCCGGUCUCGGGCGGCGAGCUCUCGUCCGCACUUCCGACCCUGUUAGCAGCGACUUCCUUUGCCAGCGCGGAAGUGCCGCCGGCUUGCACAACUGUGGACGCAUGCGCAGAGAACGCCGCAUCUAGCGAUUCCGAUCCCGCCCGACACGAAAGCGAGAAAGACCCAGAGCGCGACAGGGUGUCGGUGCAUAACGUCCUUACGGCAUUUGAAAGCGUGGAAGAGGUCUGCAAGGCAUGCGAAAAAGCGCGAAGGGAAUUGAAAGGAGGGGAUAGUACGGAUGUCGAACUAACAACAAAAAUAUGCUUCUCAGAUGAAGGCGAACAGGCCGCCGCGGGUUUGGAGGAAAAGUCAGGCGGAGUAGAUCCAGAUUCUUUACUGCUUAGCCCGUUGUACGACUUGACCGAAUGUUUUCGAGGAUGGGUGAGUGGCCCCACAAACCAGCAUGUGCCACGGUUCUGGGCCCACGCACUCGGCGUUUCAGCGCAGCAGCACAAUGAUCAGCGCGAUCUUCAUCCCGAGGAAGGGUCCUCUACCUCCGCCUCUGCGCCGCACCUCCUGCCCUUCCGUCCGCCGAGCGGCGCGACUUCCUGGGCACGCCUCGGCACCGUCUCGUCUGCGGACGCUCGAAUGAGAAGCUGUCCCGAGAUGGAGAUCACAGGACCGGGACGAGUAGACCAGGCUUCUCCACUGGACAAGGUUAUCAAGGAUCGUAAAGACUCAAGUUGUACAGGUGAAACUUCUGCAGCUGCUGAGCCGGUGAGUUGGCGGGAUUUGUUUCCGGAACACCAGGAACGACAGCACCUCGGCGGCAGUGGUGGCUUUCGUGUGUGGCUCUUGGGCGUGGUUCCAGCCCCGGACCUGUGGGAGCUGUCGGAAGCCCAGCGGCUCUUGGUUGCGCAGCGCUAUCGCUGGGUGGGCAAUCAAUUCGCACAGAAGAAGUUUUUCGCACUCGCGGCCGCAAAGUACGAGGAAGCCAUUUACACGAUUCGUGUCGAUUGUGGGGUCCUCUUCUCCUCGCCUGGGGCCGGCGCAACAGCGAGUCAGCAGCACGGCGCCACGGCCACGCAGCACCAGAUUGUCGGAAAAUCAAAGUACCCAACGGUGGAGUCCCUGCCGGCCAUCUAUCGUCACCUAUUCGUAAGUUUGCACAACAACCUCGCCCUCCAGUACUAUCAACAGGGAAAACUUGCCCCGUGUCGAGCGGUCUGUGACUCUGUCCUGCGGGUGGACCCGACCAACCUGAAGGCCCUGGCGCGCAAACUGCAAAGUGCCGAAACCAUCGGUUUCAAGGAAGAGGCUCUGGAGAAGCUGCAGGCGGCACUACUGUGUCGUCAGAGGGACGAGAAGGCCUGUUCUGCUGAGGAAGCUACAACGGGGAAAGAAAGCAGGAGCACCGCGUGGGUCGAUAUCAACACAAAAAUGUCUGGGUCUGGAAGAGUGUAAACUUGUCGUGCGGAUUUUGCAUGACCCGUGAGUUCUGGAAUGCGGGACUUCGCAUGACAGACUCUGCGAGAUCUCCGCCAUGCCUAUCCUGCAUGAGAAACUCUCUCCCGACUUGGUCGAAAGUGGACAGCUUUUGGCACUCAUGCAACACAGAUUUUUGUAUGCUUCAGAUUUACCAUGACGAGUUACCAUCUUCCAGACCCAGACAUAUUUACAAUUCAUAGUCGAGAAGGUGAUCCAGGACGCGCAGAGGUGGAUCGAGGUAGAAGACCAGAGGGAAGCAGCAUAUCAAGUGCAAAAAUGUCUGGGUCUGGAAACUUGUAAUGCUGUGUUGGGAAUAGUGAAUGCUCUGUAAUGCACAGCCAAGCAUGAGAAAUCUCUGCGCUUCUUUGUGUUGCGUUUUUCGCAUGAGAAGCUGCGUUUUUGCAUGACAGGCAAACGGGUCUCUUCUUGGACACGCAUCACAAACUUUUUGGUCAUGCCAGACAAGCAUGACAAAUCUCGCAAUCUUCCAGACCCAGACACUUUUGCAUUUGAUGCAGCAUUGUUCCGAUCGAUGUUUGCGAAUAAGAAUAAGCGACAAAGAAACCCUCCACCUGGAAAAACCAAACAAACGACUGAACAAUAAUCGCAGGGGUUGUAAUUGUAAAUGUAACCCGGCGCUACGCCGCAUGAAAAGGGAAACAUCCUCGUCCAUAGAUGGUAAAAGUGAUCACCGUAAGAAGCAGUACUGUGAUUUAUUGGAAACCGUGUAGAUGCAUCUUUAUUGACUUUGGGCGGAAAAUGAAACACUUCGGGUCUUGACGAGUGUUGCUCGUAU